AAAGUUUUUCCUCGUUCGUUGUUUUUCGUUCGUAUGUGAAUUUUGCGUGGUGGAUCAGGAAAUCCUGGUAGAUAAUUCGUUUCUCCGUUCAGUAAUCGAUUGGAAUAGUCUCUAAAUCGGCAAAAAUCGGGUGCAAUGUCGAACCGCGGAGGCAAGAACCGUGGGCGCAACAACUGGAACCACGGUCCUGGCCGCAAAUUUUACGAUGGGCCUGGGAAUAACAACUACUCGGAACAUGACGAUCGGAUGGACCGAGAUCGGGACCGCAAGGUGACCGAUGUAAAGCGGCGGGUCAGUUUCAAGCCGUUCAGCGGAGGUCGGAACAAGGGCGGAGUGAAAAUUACGGAUAUGCAGAUUCGGGCGCACCUGGAGGACGAUGAAGCGAUGGCGGGAGGUCCCGGUGGCGAUGGAUACGAUGGCGAUCGUAGGGGUUUCAAAAAGGGCUUCAGAGGUCGCCGAAGAGGAUCGCCUGUGCCACGACAGAUUGGACAGCCGUUCCGGAAGAAGUUGGUGGCUGGACCGUCCGGUUGGUUCGAAGUUAAGGUUCCGUACGGGCACAAGUAUGAAAAGGAUUUUAUCCUGCGCUCGCUGGUCAACGCGAUCAGUCCGUUGAUCUUCAUCCCGCAGUACUGGAAGGUAGAGGACACGGCGAUCAGUUUUUACAUCGAAGACUUCCAGGCGGCCGAAGCGCUGCAGAGGGUUGACCGGACGAUUGGUCUGCCCGACGGAAGGAAAAUGAUCGUCAUCGUGCGGAACGGGCAGCCACAGUUCCAGGUGAACGAACAGUUGAAAGAGCGCAUGAAACUGGCCAUGGUCAAGCGGUACAAUCCGGUAACGAAGGCACUGAAUCUGGAAAAGUUCCACACCGAUCCGGAUCUGAGCGAUAUCUUCUGUGCGCUGUUCCGACCGCAGAUUAUGCUGGCCGCAUUCGACGUGAUCAAGGAUAACAUUCCGGACUUGGAGGCGCUCAACCUGAACGACAACAAGCUGCACCUGCUGGAUCAUUUCCGGCAUCUGGCACAGAAGGUGCCCAAUCUGAAAAUUCUCUACAUGGCGAAUAACAAGAUCCCGCACGUGACGUCGCUGGACAGUAUGAAAGCGUUGCCGCUGGUGGAGAUCAACCUGGAGGGCAACCCGCUGAAGGACCGCAUCAAGGACCAGACCGUGUACAUCAGCGAGAUUCGCAAGCGACUGCCCAAGAUCAUUAAGUUGGACAACAUGGAUCUCCCGCCGCCGAUCGGGUUCGACGUUCCGGAGGACGAUCACAAGCUGCCCUCGGCCAAGGCGUCCUUCCUGUGCGACACGGCCGGGGCCGACAUUGUCCGCCAGUUCCUGGAGCAGUACUUCAUGAUCUACGACUCGGACAACCGGCAGCCGCUGCUGGAGGCGUACCACGAGCAUGCCAUGAUCUCGAUGACCGUAUUCAACAGCCCCAGCCAGGGCAGCCAGCAGCGGUUGCAGACCUAUCUGAACUUCAACCGCAACCUCAAUCAGAAGCGCGAUCUGGACACGCGGUGUCGAACGCUGAAGAUGGGCCGGCUGCCGGUGGUGACGUUCCUGUCGGAGCUGCCGAAAACCAAGCAUGACCCGCUGACGUUCGUCGUCGACCUGACGUUGUUUACGCCCCAGCUCAUCCUUCUAACCGUGACGGGUGUCUUCAAGGAGCGCAAAGUGGCCGUCAUCAACGAACCGUACCGAUCAUUCCAGCGUUCGCUGGUAAUCGUCCCAUCCGGCAGUGGGUUCUGCAUCCGGAACGAGAUGAUCCACAUCAACAACGCCACCCGAAUACAGGAGGACAAAGCCUUCAAGGAUCCGGCCUCCAGUGGCUUCCAAGCGCCGGCCACCGCGGCACCACUGGCCACAGCACCAAUACCGGUAGCACCGGUUGUUCCUCCAGUAGUCGACGACAACACCAAACUUCAGAUGGUCCAGGCGAUGGCCGCCCACAGCAACAUGAACCUCGAGUGGAGCCGGAAGUGUCUGGAGGAGACAAACUGGGACUUUGAGCGAGCUGGGUUCGCAUUCACCGAGCUGCACAAGCAGAACCGGAUACCACCGGAGGCGUUCGUUAAGAAUUGAAGACGAUUUCCAGGAGUGUGACGAGGACGGCGCGCGGUGGAACCGCUUUGGACCCCAGCCCGGGGGAUUUUAGGUUUAGGUUUUUGAUUUAGGCGUUGCUUUUUUGGGAGAAUGAUUAAAGUUGUUACAAGAGACUCGGAAAGAUUAUGGGGAUGACUUGGGUGACUAUAUAAUGCAAGAAAUAGAUGUUUGUUUAGAGAAACUUGUUCAAACUUCGGUCUAACAAAAUUAAUCCUUCUCCCAAAGGCGUCCCAUCUGUGUAGUUAUUAGUAGGUAAGUUCAAGCAGUACAACACUGCUGGGAAAGUUUCAAACAAUGAAAAUCGUGAUCGAUUCAAAGUAGUAAUAAAACGGUAUCUAUUUUUCUUCUUACGAAACUGAUGAUCGCAGAUGUAGAAUGAAUAUUGAGAGUGAAUGAGUUUAAAAGAUGAGCGAUCGUGUCGAAAUUAUAUGUUUUCACAUAGAGUCAACCACUUUUCAUUUAACGUACAACAUUCAGGUAGCAAUCAAUUAUUUCAGAGAGUUUUUAGCCAGUCCCAUAAUGGAAACCAUGCAACUAUGUGUCCUUUUAUUAAUUUUAAGAUCGUGUGUAGACCCCAUUGAUCAAAAGAGCAUAAUUUAUUGUAAAUGUGUAACUCUUUACAAAUGAUUAUAUUUUUAUCAAAAACAGACGAAAACAGCCAUCACUGUGACCUAGAAGUCACAGCUGACUUUCAACCAGAAAAGUAAUACAAAAAUUUAAAAGAUGUACUUUUGUA